CCCUGGAAUUACUACAGCUCCAACAACUCAUGGGCUACGCUGCCCACCUAUGUUUCGACAUGCAUGGCUCUCCAGCGCGCAGCUGACGGGGAGGACAGUUCCGUAGAUUCGACAGAGAGCCUGUAGUGGCCGGAAAUAACAUUGUCGGCGUACCGUCUUUUCUGUCUCACACAGCCACCAGAACACCGGAAUGAGGUUGCCUGAUCCCGCGUCGGCGUACCCGCUCUUUCCGCAAUGCACAGCCACCAUCACAUGAUGGUCACCGGAACACCGGAAUGCCAUUCCAGGCCCGUUCCCGCUUUCCACCCCGUCCUCCGUUUCUUCUGCAGGCGCACUCGAAAAUACUGAGCAGGAUACUCAUAUGUCUGUCUGCGGAUAGACAACGAGCCUUCUCAUUGAGUACUGCACCAGAGAACUUCGGUGCGUUUGUCAGCCGCAUUUUAUUUUGCACUGUUUCCAUUACCCAGCUCCAGGGGCAUACAAGCCCUCGACCGGCCGAUCGCAAGCCGGCACAAUCUUCCCUGACGCCUCCAGCUGGUACACAAUAUACCGGACCUAGCGCGUCAAUGCACCAUCCACAGCCACCACCUCAUCCUUCGACUAAUUCUGGUCCGUGGAGGCCGUGAACAUAUGUAGCGCACUUCCUGAAAGCCCUCCCUCUUGCUCCGCUCCCGUGGAAAACUCAUAGCCCUCAUCGUACACACCCCACGAUCCCGUACGCUGCUCGAGACGACGAUUGGAAGACGUUGAUCAAUAAUGCAAUCGAAAACCGCAAGAAGACCACUGGAAAGAAGCUGAACAACCUGCCGCUCGUCGAAGACAUUGAGGACUGCAACACGGUGGGACAGUAUUGCGAUGAACCACAAGGAUGUGCAGAUGGCGUAUCGGGAAGGUCGGCCGCUCGUGCUCAAGAGCGUCAGCUUCGAAGUCAAGGUCGCAGAGAAGAUUGGGAUCGUCGGCCUGACGGGGGCAGGCAAGAGCUCUCCGCUGCAGCGCUUGUUCCGCGUGGUCGAGCUGCAGUCUGGUGAAGUCGACAUUGAGGGAAGGAGUAUUCCAGGGGUUAGUCUGGAUGCGUUGAGAGGUCGGCUGGCGCUGGUCCCGCAGGAAAGUGUGCUGUUCUUGGGAAUGCUGUGGGAGAACUUGGACCCACAGAACUCGAGAACCGGCGCAGAGCUGUUCCCUGUGCUGCAGCGCCCAUGGCUGCUGCCACGACCUGGCGAACCGUCCGACCCCACCCACUGUGCAGGUGUUUCAGACCCCGGAAUCCCAGUCAAGGGCACUAAAGCGUACGAGGUAUGUGUUGCAGCCAUAUUGAGAUUAAUGACGCGCGCAGCGAGCUUCUUGACAUCCGCGAUAUCCUCCUCCGGCGCAUAGCGCAGCAGCAGAUGGGUGAUCGUGCCCGGAUUGUCCUGCUGAGCGUAGUCGAUCCGGGCCUGCACGUAGGGGCUGACGCGGCGCACGGCGCUGUCCUUGGCC